CUUUGUAUGUGACAUAUUGAAUGCCAUAGGAGAUAUAAUUAUCCAAACGACACAUGAUGGUGUGAAUUGUUGACCUUUUGUCUUAUCGAUUUUCUGUUAUCAAUUAAGUACUCUAGUAUCAGCUAAUUAUCAUUUAAAUGCGAGACAAACGAAGGAAAUUGAUGUAUUGUAUGUAUAUGUUUAUGCAAAUUUUUAAUUUUGCAAAUGGCAUUUAGAAUUUUAAUUAAAAAAUUAGAAUAUAAUUGGAGGCACGAGGUAAAAGGUUGAGGGUAUUAGGGAUUAAUUUUUAUUAUUUUUUUUUAUUUUGUAAUUCAGUUAAUAAAAUUCAUUGUGCCAGUAACCUCCAUGGCAAUCAAUGUGUUAAUCGUCAUCGAUCAUUUGAAUCUAUCGAUAAGUGAGCAUCGCUUUCACCUAGCUGUAGAAUGUUAAUUAACCUAUUAACCAAGGAUAACGAGUUAACUCGUGAAAAUCCUCCUCGGUUAACAGGCUAAAUUAUAUUAAUUAAUGUACGUUAAUUAACACUUUGACUGCCGUACAUUUCAUAGAAUCUAUGAUUCUCGCAAUUUUCCAUUCCCUUUUGUAUUCAACGAAUCAUUAUUGAUAGAAUUUUUAUUUUUAAAUUGUAAUUAGCGUUUGAUAGAGUGGAUAAAAUAAUGGCGUUAAAGUCAAAGUGUUAAUAUAAGUUAGUUAAUUGUAAAGCAUAGAAGAGUUGCCUGUUGAAAAAGCGCGCAACUUCGUCAAAAUUACGAGAAUAACGGAGAGCGAACGAACUGAAGGCACACGAGUUUUCUGUGAACACCGUGUGCCGGAUAUGCAUUUUUCCUGCAUAUCGUGACAAAGAAAAAAGACGAGUAAAAAUACCUUCAAACGUACCGAGAAAGAACGAUUCCAUGGAAUCAUCUUGCAUUCGUUCACCAUAUCGACUGUGAAAAUGAUGAUGAAGCUAAUUGUGUACGCGAGAAUUGACGUUUACGUUGUUUCUUAACACUUUACCUACCGGAUGUCACUUAAGAAGCUUCUUAAUGCCACCAGUUGUUGACUGAAACCUGUGAUUAUUAUUAAUUUAUCCAUAACUCAUUAUCGAUUAAAAUAAUGAAAGUUAAAUGUACAAUAAUUAAGAAGAAAUUGAAAGUAAAGAUUACUCCUUUAAUUUAUAACUAAUAUUAAAUUAUAAUCGGUAGGUAAUGUGUUAAUACAUAUUACAAAUGAAUCUAUAUACAGGGUGCUCGUCUAGGGGUGGGUACCCUUUGAAAGGGUGGUAGCUGAAGUGAUUCUGAACAAGUUUUCUAUUUACCAAAAUGUUCAUUAAGACAUAGUUUUUAAAUUAUUAAUGAAAAACACCAAUCAGUCAAUGCGCAAAUAUAGUGCGCAUGCGCAGGAGUGUCGGCUACGAACCAACAUGGCGCAAGGCCCAGUUUGUUCGCAGCCACGAUCGAGUGCGGUUCUCGUAGCCAACACUCCCGCGACUGAGCUUGCGCACUACACGUGUUCUGAUUUGUCGGUGUUUUUCAUUAGUAAUUUAAAAACGAAACUUUAACGAGUGCUUUAGUGACGGAAGAAGUUAUCCCAGCUGAAUCAUCCCAGCUGCCACCUUAUCAAAGGAUAUGUCCAUCCCUAGCUGAACACACUGUACAGCGAAAAGGGUGCAAUAAGUAAGGAAUGGGAAUUGACAGUAUGAGAGUCGGAGGAGGCCGAUGUCCUCCCCUCCUAGUCGGAGGACUUCUUGUCGCUUGUUUAAUGCUCAUUUGCAACUGGUGGACUCUAUCUUCUGAAAAUAUUGAAUUAGUUAGACAAAUUGAUGAAUUAAAUGAACAACUUAAAAUAAGUGCCGAAGAAAGAGAUCAAUGCGUUACAUUACGUGGGAAUUUAGAGCAAAGAUUUAAGCAUGCGGAGGGUGAAGUGGCAUCUUUGCAUGUACGCUUAGAACAGCAAGCAUAUUUAAAGAAAAAGAACGAUGAAUUGGAAUAUUCUAAUAAUAUUUGUAAAGGUGAAUUGGAUUCUUUAAACAAGUUAGAUGCUACUAAAACUGCAACAUUAGAAACUUUAAGACUGGAGAAGGAUACUUUUAAUACAAAGUUAGAUGCAAAAAAGGAGGAAAACAAAAAAUUGCAGGAAGAAGUAGAUCAGUUGAAGAACGAUCUUAAAUUUAAAUGCAAUAUAACUCUCCCAAGGAAAAGUACAAUCACUCCUCUGGCUACAAGACCAGUAAUUAACAAGUCUCAGUUGGGUCCUGUUCCGGAGUCAGCUGUAAGAAUAAGCUUAGCUGGUCAGCGUGGUUUGAAAUACCAUGGAAUUCCAAUUCUUCCAACAGAUCCGCCCGGCGCUGUGCGCCUAAGUCCUCGCUUCUCAGUUACAAUGUUGAAAGCUCAAACAAGUCCAAAAAUUUCAAAAAAUAAUACUUCCAACGAAGACACAGCAUCAGUCAAUCCAGAAUUUGAAUAAGUAGAUCAAAAUGGAAGCAAUAAACAAGAGAAUACAGGAUUGAGAGAUGCCAAUGUAAUAGAAAGAAGAAGAGAUCAACGAAUGAAAGCACAAGUCAGUGGAGACUGAUAAUAAAUAAGUAUAAUAAAAAUAUCUCUUACAGUAAUUAAUAAAUAUGUGUCAAACAUUUAUUAAAUAUAA